UGAAGAGAGACAGUGGAGAAUGGAGAUCGAUGGGUUCCGCCGGUUAGGGUUUAUACUUUAUAUAUGAACCUAUGAGCCCGUUUUAUCUUCAGAGCUUUUGCCGGGCGGGCGGGAAAUUAACUACUCGGCUGUUACAGAUAUCUUCCUUCAUCUCCAAAUGGGAGCCCUAUUCAUCGCUAAUCUCGAACUGGGCACCAAUAGGGAGGUGAUCACUCGGGUGGUAAUCGUUUGGCAGUCCACCAACAACAUCAGCAUCAUCAUCUGCUUCAGGAAGUUUGAGAAAGC